AUGUUGAUCACCCAUGGCAUUGCGCAGCCUGGAUUCUCACAGGAACACCUACUCGAAGACCUCAAGGUCCAGACAGGCUUGCACUUGUAUCAUCAACCUCCAGAUCCCGAGAAAUAG